GGCGCGCGUGCGCGGGGCGGGGCGGGGCUCGCGCUCUCCCUGGUAACGAGCACCGCGCGCGCGGGGCCGCGCCCUGCCCGGGCCGCCCCCCCCCCAGCGCAGCCCGGCCCCUCAGCGCCGCCAUGCAGGGCGAGGACGCCCGGUACCUCAAGAGGAAGGUAAAAGGAGGUAACAUAGAUGUGCAUCCAUCUGAGAAAGCCCUCAUUGUCCAUUAUGAAGUGGAAGCAACGAUUCUGGGAGAGUUGGGAGACCCCAUGCUGGGGGAACGCAAGGAAUGUCAGAAAAUAAUUCGGCUGAAGAGUCUUAAUGCAAACACAGACAUUGGCUCCCUGGCUCGAAAGGUUGUUGAAGAAUGCAAGCUCAUUCACCCCUCCAAGCUUGCAGAAGUAGAGCAGCUGCUGUACUACCUGCAGAACCGCAGAGAUUCCUCAGCAGGAAAAGAAAAGAAAGAGAAAACCAGCAAGCCAAAAGAUCCACCCCCAUUUGAAGGAACAGAGAUUGAUGAGGUUGCCAAUAUCAAUGACAUGGAUGAGUACAUUGAGUUACUGUACGAGGACAUUCCUGACAAGGUGCGUGGCUCUGCCCUCAUCCUGCAGCUGGCCAGGAAUCCUGAUAAUUUGGAAGAGCUGCUUAUAAAUGAAACUGCCCUGGGUGCAUUGGCUAGAGUGCUGAGGGAAGACUGGAAACAAAGCAUUGAACUGGCUACCAAUAUAAUUUACAUUUUCUUCUGCUUUUCAAGUUUCUCUCAAUUUCACGGGAUAAUCACACAUUACAAAAUUGGAGCUCUGUGUAUGAAUAUCAUAGACCAUGAACUGAAGAGACAUGAGCUUUGGCAGGAAGAACUUGCUAAAAAGAAGAAAGCUGUUGAUGAAGAUCCUGAAAAUCAAACCCUGAAAAAGGACUAUGAGAAAACUUACAAGAAAUACAAAGGGCUGGUUGUCAAGCAGGAACAGCUGCUUAGAGUUGCAAUUUACCUGCUCCUAAACCUCGCUGAGGAUACUCGCAUUGAGCUGAAGAUGAGGAACAAGAACAUUGUGCACAUGUUGGUGAAAGCGCUGGACCGGGAUAAUUUUGAGCUGCUCAUCCUCGUUGUAACCUUCCUGAAGAAACUCAGCAUUUUCAUGGAGAACAAAAAUGAUAUGGUUGAAAUGGAUAUUGUUGAAAAACUUGUGAAGAUGGUACCAUGUGAACAUGAAGACCUGCUGAAUAUCACUCUUCGACUCUUACUGAAUCUCUCCUUUGACACAGGCCUGAGAAGUAAAAUGGUCCACGUUGGUUUGCUUCCCAAACUCACUGCACUCCUGGGAAACGAAAACAACAAAAAAGUAGCGAUUUGCAUUCUGUAUCACAUCAGCAUGGACGAUUGCUUUAAAUCGAUGUUUGCAUACACAGACUGUAUCCCUCAGUUAAUGAAGAUGCUUUUUGAAUGUCCUGAUGAGAGAGUUGACCUGGAACUUAUUUCUUUCUGUAUUAACCUGGCUGCCAACAAAAGAAAUGUGCAGCUUAUCUGUGAAGGAAAUGGUUUGAAAAUGCUCAUGAAGCGGGCUUUGAAGUUUAAGGAUCCGUUGUUAAUGAAGAUGAUCAGAAAUAUUUCACAACAUGAUGGGCCAACUAAAAGCCAGUUUAUUGAAUAUGUUGGUGAUUUAGCAGCUCAAAUAUCAAAUCUUGAAGAAGAAGAAUUUGUGAUUGAAUGCCUGGGAACACUUGCAAAUUUGACCUUACCAGAAUUGGACUGGGAACUGGUGCUGAAGGAAUACAAACUGGUUCCAUAUCUCAAGGAUAAGUUAAAACCAGCAGGUUCUGCUGAGGAUGACCUUGUUUUGGAAGUGGUGAUCAUGAUUGGGACCGUGUCCAUGGAUGACUCCUGUGCUGCUCUGCUGGCUAAAUCUGGGAUCAUCCCUGCCCUCAUCGAGCUGCUGAACGCUCAGCAGGAAGAUGAUGAGUUUGUCUGCCAGAUCAUCUAUGUAUUUUAUCAGAUGGUGUUCCACCAAGCCACCAGAGAUGUCAUCAUCAAGGAAACACAAGCUCCAGCGUACCUUAUAGACCUGAUGCACGAUAAAAACGCCGAGAUCCGCAAGGUCUGUGACAACACUCUGGAUAUCAUAGCGGAAUAUGACGAGGAAUGGGCUAAAAAAAUCCAGACGGAGAAGUUCCGAUGGCACAACUCGCAGUGGCUGGAGAUGGUGGAGAGCCGGCAGAUGGACGACAGCGAGCAGUACCUGUAUGGGGAUGAUCCCAUCGAGCCCUACAUCCAUGAGGGGGAUAUUCUGGAGAGACCUGACCUCUACUAUAAUGCAGAUGGGCUGAUAGUCCCGGAUGGAGCGGUGAGUCCGGAUAUCUUCGGGGAUUACCAGCUGCAGAAUGGAGACCUGGUUGGGCAGCACCCCUUCUCUGGCAAUAUUGGAGUGGAUGGCUUUGCUCAGAGCGCGGGGGGUCCCGGGCGCCCGGCGACCGCGUACGGCUACCGGCCGGAAGAGCCCUUCUUCUACGGCUACGGCGCGCGGUGAGGCGGCCGGCAGCGCUGCUGCUCCUGCAUGGCUGCACCACCGUGCCUCCAGCACUCUGUAUCCUUUGGCAUGUGUAGCUCCACGUAAAUUUAGCCUUUCUGGGUCUGGUGUGUUAGUGACAGUGUUUGCCCUUCGGUUGCUCUUUGUUAUUAUUUUUGUACAGUAACUGUGACUUGAAAGCGGGAAUUGGAAACUACUGGACUGGAAAGUGUCACAUUAUGUAUAUGAAGCUACUAAUUUAAUUUCUAUUAAAUAUAAAAACCUGUGUGGUCAGCAGUGGUGAAUGUGUUUCUAACCAAUGUUUUGUGUGUUUUACAAGGCACUUAAGAAGAGUGCUCCAUGUGCAGCGUGUUUAACAUGGACUGUUUCCCUCUCACACCUCGGUCACAGAACACCACCAAGCCCCAGCAUCUCCUGGCACUGCCCUGACACAUAGUUUGGAUCAAAGUCCAGUCCUGGGUCACCACUUUAAUAAUGGAAAGAUGGCACAGAUUCACUCCCCUGGAGCUUCAGACAUUUACAGUCCAUUUUAAGUGCUUAAAAACAUUUAAAAUUAGAAACUACACAACAGAAUGCCUUCACCCUAGUGUUUAAACAGAGUGCUGUGGGCUGAGAGAAGUCUGCCACAUCCAUCCUGUGGGCCAGCAAGAGCAAGAAACACUGUAUCUUGGCUCAGAAUCCAGAGCAGAGCCUUUACCCCAGCUUCCCUAUCUGGAAACACAAAUCCAUCCUGUCCUGCUGGUUUCUGGGGUUUAAGCUGGAUCUAAGCAGCGAUCAGUGGGCAGCAGAGUCAGGCCAGGACCCCUUCACACUGGACUUGCAGUGUGGUGAUUGUUUGAUGUCAUGUUUUGAAAUAACCUGCAAAUGGAAUUCAGGGUGAAGCUGUUCUUCAGCUGUGCAUGCCCCCUGUUAGAGACAGAAGAAAGGGAUGAUAAUGCCCUCUCUGCCACAGCUACCUAGGCAGCAGUUCAAAUUUUCACUUUUUCAAAGAAAAGUUACCUGUACCUCAUCCUUUUUCUUUUGUUAAUGUCUGUUGAUUUGCAGAUUUAUUUUUCUCCUUCUUCCUCCCUCCUUUAUGGCUUAAACAAGAAGUUGACUUGCAUCCUACGAAACCAGUCACUAGUAAUUCCAUAAGAUUGGGGUCUGUGCUGGGAAGGUGAUCUUCAAAGGCAUGGGAUUGUUUGGGGAGUCUGACAAACUCUUAGUCUUACACUUCAAAAAUACCUUUGAAAUAAAAAUUGUUUUGAAACCCCGUGUUAUCUUUA